ACCUUAAACUCCCAAGUUCCACCUAUCAACACACACAUCAUGUCUACUCAUCACUUGCUUCCCUCUUUCUAUUCUUCUAAUUACCAUUUCUCUUUUCCAUCUAAUAUCUCUUCCUCUUCUUCUCUCUACUCCAAAUCCUCUCUAGGUUCUAUAUCGUUUGUUCCUAAGGAGAAUAAAGAGAAAAGGUGCAAAGCAAUAUCCAAAUCACAAACUCAAGAAUAUCAUGAAGAGUUUGAAACUAAUGUAAAAACGUUAAAGUUGUGUGAGACUAACGUGGAGGAUGACAAAGUCAUAGAUGAUGAGGAGGACCAAGAUAUUGUGGUCGGUUUAGUGAACUCAAUCAAAUCAAUAUUGAGUUCAUUGGAAGAUGGAAAGACAAAUAUGUCUGCUUAUGAUACUGCUUGGGUUGCACUUGUGGAAGAUGUGCAUACUAGUGGUACACCACAAUUUCCAUCUAGUCUAGAGUGGAUUGUGAAAAAUCAACUUCAAGAUGGUUCAUGGGGUGAUAGUCAACUGUUUUUAACACAUGAUCGGAUCCUUAGCACACUGGCUUGUGUUAUUGCAUUAACAACAUGGAAUAUGCACCCUGAAAAGUGUGACAAAGCAAUGUCAUUUUUCAGAGAGAAUCUUGACAAGCUUGAGGAUGAGAAUGAGGAGCUAGCUGGUUUUGAAGUUAUAUUCCCUUCACUUCUUGAUAGAGCUCGUAGAUUGAACAUUGAUGUGCCAAAUGAUUCUCCAAUAUUAAAAAACAUUUUUGCAAAGAGAGAUGAAAAACUUAGAAGAAUACCAAGAGAGAUGAUGCACAAAAUACCCACAACUUUGCUAUAUAGCUUGGAGGGAAUGUCAGACUUGGAUUGGAAACAACUUCUAAAAUUGCAAUCUCAAGAUGGAUCAUUCUUGACUUCUACGUCUUCCACAGCCUUUGCACUAAUGCAAACUAAAGAUGAAAAUUGCUUCAAAUAUUUGAAUAAAAUUGUCAACAAGUUCAAUGGGGGUGUACCAUUUGCAUUUCCUCUGGAUACGUUUGAACGUACUUGGGUGGUUGAUCGCCUUGAACGCCUUGGAAUUUCGCGGUAUUUUCAACAAGAGAUCAAAGAUUGUAUGUGUUAUGUUUAUAGAUAUUGGACUGAAAAGGGCAUCUUUUCCGGAAGAAAUUCAAAUGUUCAAGAUAUUGAUGACACAUCAAUGGCUUUCAGAUUACUAAGAUUACAUGGCCACCAUGUCUCAGCCAAUGUGUUUAAGAACUUUGAAAGAAAUGGUGAAUUCUUCUGCUUUGCUGGUGAACGCACACAGUCUGUGACCCCAAUGUAUAGCCUAUACAAAGCCACUCAAGUGAUGUUUCCAGGAGAGAAAAUCCUUGAACAAGCCAAGCAUUUCUCUGCCAAUUUUUUGAGGGAGAAGAGUGAAGCAAAUGAACUAAUAGAUAAAUGGGUCAUUAUGAAGAACCUGCCGGGAGAGAUAGCUUAUGCAUUAGACGUGCCAUGGUAUGCAAAUUUGAGUCGUGUGGAGACAAGAUUCUACAUUGAUCAAUACGGUGGUGAAAGUGACGUUUGGAUUUCCAAAACACUUUACAGGAUGUUGAAUGUGAGCAACAACAAUUAUCUCGAGCUUGCUAAAUUAGACUACAACAACUGCCAAACACAACAUCUAAAAGAAUGGAGCAUGAUUCAAAAGUGGUACUCAGAAUCUAGAUUAGGAGAAUUUGGAUUGAGCAAAAGGGAACUUCUAUUGGCCUACUUUUUGGCAGCAGCAAACAUAUUUGAGCCUGAAAGGUCUCAUGAGAGACUUGCAUGGGCCAAAACAACAGCAUUGCUUGAGACAAUUACAUCUUAUGUCAGUGAUGCAGAUUUGAAGAAAGAUUUUGUGAAAAAAUUCAGUGACUACAUCAAUCGGCAAGACUAUUCCAUUGGAAGGAGGUUGAACAAGAACAAAACAGGAGAUGAACUCGUUGAGACACUUGUUGCAACCAUAGAUCAAAUAUCAGGAGAUAUAUUUGUCUCUUAUGGUCAUGAAAUUGGAUAUGAUAUGCAUCAAUGUUGGAAAAAGUGGCUUUCAAGUUGGCAAAGUGAAGGAGACAAAUGUGAAGGAGAAGCUGAGCUUUUGGUACAAAUAAUAAACCUAAGUGCUGGCCAUUUGAUUUCUGAGGACCAAAUAUGCAAUCCACAAUACAAGCAUCUUCUUCAACUCACUAACUCUAUAUGCCAUAAGCUCCAUUGCUACCAAAAGGACAAGGUUAAGAGUAGCAGCAGCAAUACACAUGAAAAAAUCACCAAUUCAGAGACAGAGUCAAAAAUGCAAGAACUUGUAGAAUUGGUGUUCCAAAAAUCUCCAAAUGAUAUUGAUUUCAAUAUCAAGAAUACUUUCUUUACAGUUGCAAGGAGUUUUUACUAUGCAGCUUUCUGUGAUUCAAAGACCAUCAACUUUCAUAUUGCCAAAGUUCUCUUUGAUAAAGUCCUUUAAUCCAGUUUAAUGUCUUGAA